AUGAUCGCCACCCGUCAACCGACAAGGACAGAUCGAAGCGAAAUGACUUUCACCCUCACGCCACAUUCCAUGCUCGAUCCCCAUUCUCACCAUCCGGCUUCUUCCGCUAGCACCUCUAUCUCCCCGCCACCGUGCCCUCCUUCGUGGAUCGGACAGAUCCCGUUACCUUGCUCCGACAAGAAACAACGGGACGCUCGGGGACAGGUAUGGAGAAACGUCUCGCGAUACGCACCUCGAGCUAGGGAAAAGAGCACGACGAAGGUGGACGAAGGAAAGUCUGAUAAAGGUCGAACCAACUUUGGCCUGAAGCCCCAAGCCUCGUCGACCAGCGGAGAGUUCGGGUCGAGGAAAUCGCAAUUGCAAUCCCGAUCGGACGAUGACAUUAAUAAUGGAUAUGGCUAUCCGAGCGUGACCGUCAUUCCCGUCCUCUCUCCACCUACAUCGUCCUACACCUCGUCCUCCUCUUCGAUCUCGAUCUCGACCUCUUCUUCCUCGUCCCUCUCCUCACCCAACGAUCUCGCCCUCAUUUCCCCCUCGACGGGCCGACCACGAGGUUCGUUCUGGGCUCAAUGUCCCGCCCGACCUACUCUCCCGCAUUGUCGCGGAAGAGGCAGACUUCCGGUCAGGGGCUACAGACACAACACUCCGUUGCCGUCGCCUUAUGAUCCUAGCGACCUGGACGACGAUGAGGACGACGAAGAUGGGGAGGACGACGAGGUCUUGAGAGUCAAGAGCCAGAAAUGGUUCCUCGCGCCUCCUCCUCCUUCAUUACCUCUACCUCGGAUCGAACGGGCCGCUUCGGGGAGCACGAUCGUCAGGUCUCGAGAUGUAUCGUCGACUCGAUCCGGGAUUGACGAUGCCUCUUCCACUACCACUACAAAUACGGCAAACACGAUCCGAAAUCGGAAUCGAGCGCGACGGGGGGCGUGUGAGAGGUCGAGGUUGAGAUUGAGGUUCAAGUUGUUCCCCUUGGAUGACGAUGCCGACGACAAGACGGAUCAUCAAGAGAAGAACGAAGAGGUCCUUGGACGGUUAUUGGGAGAGCCGGAGGAGGUGGUGGUGGUGGUGGUAGGAUCGGAUUUGGCCGAUGGAGGAGGGGGAGUUGUGGGGAAGCGAGAGGGAAAUGGAUGCCACGAGACGCGGUUAGGAGCGCGAUCGCGUGGAAUCGAGAUCGAGGCGCACGAGUGGCCCUUGUGCUCGUCCUCGAUGCGACAUGAAGGCGGCCACGCAGACGUCAACUUGAAAGACGGGAAGGGAUCGACGGCGGUACCCCUGGCGAAACAUGUCCAGGGGGAGAAUGUCUGCUGGCGAGCACGACAUGCUGCGAGGUAUGCCUCUAUGACGGCUCACCGGAAUACGGACGCUUUCCAGUCGUUCAAGUCGAUGUCCGACCUCGAAGACCCGGCUUUGCUGUCUAACGCUACUUCGACCAAACAACCCGCCUUCUCAGUCCAACUCUCCGUCAUCUCCGAACCCUCCUACUCGGGCCCCUUGUGCACCGCUCCCGAACCUUGCCUCCAGCUACAACCCCCGCGCCGCCGAUCAGACGGGGACCUCUUGCGCAAACGCGUCUUGGAGUGGAACAUGGUCCUCAACGGGAAAGUCUCCAAUGUGAGACCGCGCAAGGACAAGGAGCCUCGGGAUCCUAUCAAUACGAGACGGUCGAGUUGUCCGGCCAAGCUGGGUUCGACCGUCCCCACGGUAGAGGAAGUCGGAUUUGAUGAAGACGAGAUGGAUCAGGAGAUGGGGGAGGGAGAAGGGACUGUGGAUGGACCAGAAUUUCAGAAUCGAUGA